AUCGAAAUGGAAUACUUCAAGUUCUACUGGCUUCUGCUCGUAGUAAUGCUCUUCGUUUGCCCGGAAAAUGCCUACGCAGCUCCCAAAAGAAAAUCCAAGCCAAGGUUCUCGCUUCCUAAGAUCAACAUAAAUAUCCACCAUAAUAAUAUCCGCAUUGGCUAGUGGACUUAGUAUUUAGUAGUUAUAGUGUAGUUGAGUAGCUUAAAGAUGAUUACUUUAACUUAGUAACAUGUUCAGCCAUUAUAUGGUCUAUUAAAAUAUAUAAACUUACUUAAUUUAAACUUAUUAAACAUCAAAAAAUAAACAAUAGCUGUGCUUACUAGCAAUACAUACCUA